AUGGCCGCCGACGCGCUCUCCAUCAUCCCGGGCGCCGUGCUGCGCAACCUCGCCGACAAGCUCUACGAGAAGCGGAAGAACGCCGCGCUCGAGAUUGAGGGGAUCGUGAAGCAGCUGUCCACGGCGGGGGAGCACGACAAGAUUGCGGCCGUGAUCGGGCUGCUCACAAACGAUUUCACAUACUCCCCCCAGGCGAACCACCGGAAGGGCGGAUUGAUUGGGCUCGCGGCAGUUACUGUAGGGCUCACCAGUGAGGCUGCUCAGCACCUCGAGAAGGACUGGGACAAUAAUUGGUACUCCCUCCGUUCACAAAGUUUUGGUCAUUUCAAUAUGGACUACCUAAUUGUACCUCCCGUGCUUAAUUCUUUCCUGGACCAAGAUAGCAGAGUGCGCUACUAUGCCUGUGAAGCGCUAUAUAACAUAGCGAAGGUUGUAAGAGGGGAUUUUAUCAUCUACUUCAACAAGAUUUUUGAUGCGCUAUGCAAACUGUCUGCAGACUCUGAUGCAAAUGUGCAGAGUGCAGCUCAUCUUCUUGACAGGCUUGUCAAGGAUAUUGUAACUGAGAGUGAUCAAUUCAGCAUAGAAGAAUUUAUACCACUCUUGAGAGAACGCAUGAAUGUGCUGAAUCCUUAUGUGCGGCAAUUUUUGGUGGGGUGGAUCACGGUUUUAGACAGUGUGCCUGAUAUUGACAUGCUUGGUUUCCUUCCUGAUUUUCUUGAUGGUUUAUUUAAUAUGCUGAGUGAUUCCAGUCAUGAGAUAAGGCAGCAAGCAGAUGCAGCACUUUCAGAGUUUCUGCAGGAAAUAAAAAAUUCACCAAAUGUAGAUUAUGGUCGUAUGGCUGAAAUUCUUGUUAGGAGGGCAGGCUCUCCUGAUGAAUUCACUCGUUUGACAUCUAUCACAUGGAUCAAUGAGUUCGUGAAGCUUGGUGGGGAACAACUAGUCCCUUACUAUGCUGAUAUCUUGGGAGCUAUCUUGCCAUGCAUCUCUGACGAGGAGGAGAAAAUUCGAGUGGUUGCACGUGAAACUAAUGAGGAACUUCGAGCUAUAAAAGCUGAUCAAGCCGAGGGAUUUGACAUUGGAGCGAUUCUUGUGAUCGCAAAGAGAGAAUUGAAUAGCGAACAUGAAGCCACUCGGAUUGAGGCAUUACACUGGUUUUCCACUUUACUAGUUCGAGGUCGUGCUGAGUUCUCGGCAUACCUGGAUGGCAUUUUUGAACCACUUCUAAAUGCACUCUCCGAUCCUUCAGAUGCAGUUGUCCUUUUAGUGUUGGAAGUUCAUGCACGCAUAGCUGAAGAGUAUCAUCACUUCCAACAUCUCAUGUCUUACUUAAUCCAUACUUUCCACAACAAUCAUGUUCUUCUGGAGAAGCGUGGUGCUUUGAUUGUUCGUCGACUUUGUGUUCUUCUGGGUGCUGAAAAAGUUUAUCGAGAGUUUUCUACUAUUCUUCAGACUGAAGGUGACCUUGAUUUUGCCUCCACCAUGGUUCAGGCAUUGAAUUUGAUUUUGCUCACAUCUACUGAACUUGCGGAGCUGCGGUCUCUUCUUAAAAAGUCAUUGGUGGAUACUUGUGGGAAGGACUUAUUUCUAUCUUUAUACGCUUCUUGGUGCCACUCUCCAAUGGCUACAAUCAGCUUGUGCUUACUUGCUCAGGCAUACAAUCAUGCGAGUUCUGUUAUUCAGUCUCUGGGAGAAGAAGACAUAAAUGUGAAGUUUCUGGUGCAGCUAGAUAAAUUGAUCCGUCUAUUAGAGACUCCAGUAUUUGCUUACUUGCGUUUACAGCUUCUUGAGCCUGGAAAACACACUUGGCUUCUGAAAACACUUUACGGUCUCCUUAUGCUCUUGCCUCAGCAAAGUGCGGCCUUCAAGAUCUUGAGGACUCGACUGAAGACAGUGCCUUUCAGUGAAAAUCUCAAGCGCACAUCUUCUGCAAAUCCAUACUCUCAGAUUCUACAAGUGACAGAAGAUGGCAAUCGAAAUCAAGAUGUGCCAAACUAUAGCGCAAUCGAUUUUUCAUCUCGUCUCCAGCAAUUUGGGAGCAUGCAGCAGCAGCACCGAAACCAUUUGAAGAAUCAACUGCAAUCUCGAAAAUCCGCUUCAGCAGCAGUAUUAUCGCAGGAGAUUCAAAGAUAUGAAGAAUCAGAAUCCUCCUCAACACCAGAGAUAAGCAGGCCCCCAUCUAGAGCACCCAAAGCCAUUUCAUGA